AACUGUAAUUGUAAUAUUUCUGUUUGUUUUGAUUUUUAAAGGUGUCUGCUUCUGGUUGAUAGGUGAUGUAGGGUCAUCGAACUAGAAUGUCUUAUUUGUGGGCUGUGAAUAGUUUAGGAAAAGUUUAUACUCUUUCAACUGCUGAAGACGCAUGGGUUGAAGUGAGUGGAUUGGAAAUAAAGAGGAUAUCAGCCCAUGAAUUUUUUACCUGGGCAAUCGGUGGCGAUCACCAGGUCUACAUUUUUGUGCCAACCAGAGAUAUUCCAAUACGAUGCCGAGUAGUUACUUAUGAAAAUGAGAGAUGGAAUCCACUAAAUGGUUUUAGUACAAAACUUUUGCCCACUGAUCGACCACAUUGGAGUAGUGCAGAUGGGUUAGUUUCAUUACCACAAGAAGGUUUCCAUCUGCCUUCAAAAAGCUGGGACUGGGAAGAAGACUGGUACAUUGAAGAUAAUCUUGAUGGCCAACCUUUAGAGCCUGAGGGUUGGAUGUAUGCUACUGAUUUUCCUACCAAAUAUGGACCCAACAAAACAUGGAAUUCUCUAGUGCGAAGACGUAAGUGGAUUCGUUAUCGUCGAUUUUGUGCUACUAACAAAUGGUCAUUGAUUCCAAGCAUUCAUGAAGAUCCUAUAAUGGAACCUUUUAUUGACAUAGCAGUAGGAGGAACAGAUGUCCCAGGAGGAGAAACAAAUUGUUUUGCAGUUUGGGCUAUUACAAUUCAAGGGAGGAUAUUGUUCCGUUACGGUGUCACUGAAACUUCUCCUGAAGGCAAUGGUUGGGUUCCUAUCAAAACACCUGAGCAGAGUGAAUUAAGUCAAGUAUCUGUUGGACCAACAGGUCUGACAUGGGCAGUAUCAUAUAAUGGGCAUGCAGUAGUACGCACUGGCGUUUCUAGAGAAAAUAUUAUGGGUAAUGAUUGGGUUAUUGUUGAUCCUCCUGAUGAAGCUGAUCCUUUGGUUCAAGUCAGUGUUGGAAAAAAUGUUGUGUGGGCAUUGAGCAAAACCAAUGCGGUUUGGUUUCGGAAAGGUAUAGACGGCCUUCAUUCUGGUGAAAACCCUCAAGCUGCAACUGGUACGGGAUGGACUAAAAUGUAUGGAAACUUAAUAAACAUCAGUGUGGGAAUUGAUGAUCAAAUCUUUGGAGUUACACCUGAUGUUUUUGAUUUGGUCAUCAGAACUGGUAUAAAUAUGUCAGAAUUGUUUGGACGAACUUGGAAAGUGAUUCAGUCCCCUAUUGAAAAAAUAAAUCAUUCUCCCAGCUCUUCUAGUCUUGAUUCUAUGUCUGUUAGUUCUCACAGAGACUCUGUUUUUACAUCAGAUUCGAUAUCGCUAAGUUCUAGAAAAAUUAGUACCAUAAGCGCAAUUUCAGACACUCAGUCAAGGAAAGACUCUGAAGUGUCAAAAAAUAUUGACAUGAGAGCGUUCCACGAAGAAGUUUCAGGAGGUGACUCUUUUAACACCGGUGAUAUCAAUUGCAAUCGAUCCGCUACCCGUGAUAGACUUCUCAGUGUAACUAAUAGAACAGGUUCUUAUUCAAGCUUAGAUAGUGAUUCAUUGUGUGCUGAGCGAACAUUGAUGUGCCCGAUUGAAAGUGUUGUAGACCAUUCUAGUGCUAAUGUGCUUUGGAUGUGGAUUAGUGCGAGUGGAUGUGCUGUUUAUUCAGAAUCUCUACCAAAUUGGUUUUCUGAAGGCAGUACAGUAAGCAAAAGUGCUGUAGAUGAACCUUGGUAUACUGAGGUUAUAUCGCUGCUCAAAGAACGCUAUAAACGUGAAGUAAUGGAGUUUUCUUCAUAUCCUAAAGCUAUAGAAAGGAGCACAUGGGUGAAGACUGCUGCUUGCCGGUUCUUUAAAAAUGCUUGGGUAAACUGUGUUCUUGAACUUACACAACAUGGAGAUUCUAAUCACAAAAGUAUUCUAACUUGUCACUAUAAAAAAGAACAGGUAUCAGUUGCAGUCAAUCACAUUACUUGUGUUGUGAGUCUUCCUGAUUGGAAUAGAAAUAUACUUGUCAUCCAUACUGCAAGGAAAACCACUAAAGGCAGUCCGUACAAAUUUGCUUUUACGUCCAAUGAUGACUUAGAAGAUUGGCUGUCUACAUUAAACUCGGCAUGCCGUAGUGUAAACAAUCUCCCAUGGAUUCCAGAUUUCACAUCAGACUGGUCUCUUAGUGUCAAUGGUGAUGUUUAUGUUCAUAGUUCAAGUUGCCUACCUGAAAAUGAUCCACCAGUAAACAUGAAGUGGUGCCUCCUUGGUGGUGGUCAUUUACGAAUGUUGUCAACUUGUCCUGCGGGGAUUGCUUGGGGACUGGGAUAUAACUGUACAGCUUGGGUUUACACAAAAGGUUAUGGAGGAGGUCCUUAUAGGGGCAUGCCAGGUGCAAAUGCUAGCACAGGUCCAAUGUCAGAUAUCAGAUGUUUGUAUAUCUAUGAAAACCAAAGAUGGAAUCCAUUAUCAGGUUUCACUGCAAAAGGCCUUCCUACUGAUCGUUAUAUGUGGAGUGAUGAGACAGGAAGAAUUGAAUGCACCAAAGACAAUACACAUUUGCCAUCUGGUCAUUGGCAGUGGAUUUCUGACUGGUGUGUUGAUUAUAAAACGCCUGGUGGUGUUGAUAAUGAAGGCUGGCAAUACGCUACAGACUUUCCUAGAAGUUACCAUGGGUAUAAACGUUUUACAGAUUAUGUAAGACGAAGAAGAUGGUAUCGGAAAUGUAAACUUAGUACAACAGGUCCCUGGAGAAAAUUAGGUAACACACCACUUUUGGAUGUAUCAUUUCAAGUUGAUUCAAAUUCUGAUACUGAUCCUGUUGCUGUUUGGGCUGUUGCUGUUAAUGGUGAUGUCCUAUUUAGAGUUGGUGUUUCACAAAAUUCUCUCUCAGGUACAAAUUGGGUUCAUGUUGCGUCAGAAAAACCAUUUCGCUCAAUAUCUGUUGGUGGUGAAGGGGCAGUUUGGGGUAUUGCUAUUGAUGGAUCUGCACAGUUACGACAUGGAGUUUCUGCUUCAUCACCUACUGGGCAGUAUUGGUGUCACAUAGAGCCACCUCAAGUUGGUUGUCCUCUUCUCCAAAUCUCAGCUGGUAAAGAGAAAGUAUUGGCUGUCGAUGAAAGUAAUAGGUUGUGGUCACGUCAAGAAAUAGUUCCUGUUUAUAAAGAAGGCACCCACUGGAAAUUGGUGUCUGAAGAUGUAAAACAAGUCUCUGUUGGACCUAUGGAUCAAAUAUGGUGUAUAAAAAGUAGUUUCCUGACACCUGCAGGAAUGAUAUCUGGCGUAGUUUGCAGAAGAAAGGGUAUUACAGACGAUAAUCCAUGUGGUUCAGAAUGGGAACAAGGGAUAGGGGGCUCCUGGACGUUUAUUACUGUCCGUGGAAGCUUGUGUAGAGAAAAUUAAAAUUUCUCACUCUAGAAUUUUUAUUAAAAUUAUUUGUUAAUUUUACGUUUUAUGAAAA